GAGGAAGUCGAGGUGGCGCUCCGUCUGGCGCCUCUGCAGGCUCGUCUGCUUGGGUUGUCCUGUCUGUGGCUGCACUAGCCGGACUCUGCGGGCCAGGUUGGCCGCGCCUCGAGCCUCGAGCGGAGGCAGGAUGCUUCCAGCUGGCGAGAUCGGCGGGGUGCCGGCAGCCCCGAGCUGCCCCGAGAGCGGUGACGAAAUGAAGAACACAGAGGAGAAAAGUGAUACGAACAGUGUAGCUCUUGUCGGAAGUGAGCAGCUCAGCCAAGGCAGAGACGAUGAGGCGCUACUCUUGUAUGUGUCCGCCUUCAUAGAAAAGGAAGUGGGAAGUGACCUUAAGUGCUUAAAGAAACUCGGUAAACUCAUAGAACAGAUGACAGAAAACAAAGCGAAGUUAGAGGAACAGGUACUUACAAUUUCAUCAGAAAUCCCCAAGAGAAUUCAAAGUGCUUUAAAAGAUGCAGAGGAAUCCAAACAAGUCCUGAAUCAGUUUCUGGAGCAGGAAGAACCUCUCUUCAGUUCCAUUAACAGCCAUUUGCUGACUGCACAGCCCUGGAUGGACGACCUUGGGGCUAUGAUCAACCAGAUAGAAGAGAUCGGGCGGCAUCUCACCUACCUGAAGUGGGUUUCACAGAUUGAAGAGCUCAG